GGAAACUGCGCGCUCAUUGGGUGACCUUUUUGUGACGCAGUGGACAAGGGAGCGCUGAUUGGUUGCUGGCCCGCCUUUAGCUUGGUACGCUUCUCUCCACCGCUGUACCGGAACCGGAGCAACCUACAGUACACCAGAUUCAACCAUGGAUCUUGUGCUGAACGUUGCGGACUACUACGUCCUCACACCAUAUGUGUACCCUGCUUCCUGGCCUGAGGACGGGGCCCUGCGGCAGAUUAUCAGCCUGCUGGUGCUGACGAACCUCGGGGCUGCGGUCCUGUACCUGGGCCUGGGAGCCAUCAGUUAUUACCUCAUCUUUGACCACAAUCUAAUGAAACACCCACACUUCUUAGAGAAUCAGGUUCAAAGAGAGAUCAAAUAUGCGAUGACCUCUCUUCCCUGGAUCAGCAUUCCCACAGUGGCCUUGUUUUUCGCUGAAGUCAGAGGAUACAGCAAACUGUAUGACAGCGUCGAUGAUUCCCCGCUCGGUUGGCCUGGGCUCUUCCUGAGUAUGAUCUCCUUCCUGUUUUUCACUGACAUGUGUAUCUACUGGAUUCAUCGCUUCUUACAUCAUAAGCUCAUUUACAAGCUGUUUCACAAACCCCACCACCUGUGGAAGAUCACCACCCCCUUCGCCAGCCACGCCUUCCACCCAGUCGACGGCUUCAUGCAAGGACUCCCGUACCACAUCUACCCCUUCCUCUUUCCCCUUCACAAGGUGCUCUACCUGGCACUCUACAUCUUUGUCAACAUCUGGACCAUCUCUAUCCACGACGGUGACUAUCGCGUCCCCGACAGUCUGACGAGUGUCAUCAACGGCUCAGCUCACCACACCGACCACCACCUCUUCUUCGACUACAAUUACGGCCAGUACUUCACUCUGUGGGACCGCCUGGGAGGCUCCUACAGACACCCGUCGGCUCUGAUGGGCAAGGGUCCCAUGGAUCAGAUCAAGAAGCUUCAAGCGGAGGGAAAGCUUGAAGGUGAUAGAGUGAAGGCUAAUGGGCAGGUGAAUGGACGCGCUCAGAGAGAAGUCAUGUGUAAGGAGGAGUAACAGAAGAGGAGAUUAUGAUUGAUUUCUUAAAGUUAGAACUAUUUUUGUAAAGACAAUUUGCUACAUUCAGAAAACACAUCAGAGCAUAAUUCAAGUUCCUGAACUUUAUUUGCCAAAUAAUGCCAGUUGCCUGUUUGGAACGGGAAUGAUUUCCUUAGAGGCAUGGACUGGUGUCACAAGGGUCGAUUUACACAGUCUUAAUUUUAACAAGUGGUUCAUUGUUGCAAAUUCAGACUGCAUCUGAAAAACGGGGCAAACCAACACCUGCUUCAAAGGAAAUCUCUGGUAUUGCAGGACAUUUUGACUUGUGUGUUUUGCUCAUGCCUUGGUCACACAACUUUAAAAAUCGCCAGAACGCUGUAACCUUCACACUACAGAACUUUGUGUCUUGAUCGGAAUCUUAAAGUCAUUCUGGUUUGCGCAGCACAUGACAGAUGAACACGGGGGCACAUAUUAAAAGAUGUUUCACCAGAAGGGAUCACCGACAAGUCUGCUUGCUCUUCAAACACACACCAGGAAAGUGACACAGAAAACGUGUGGUCCAAGUUGAUUGUCCAGUAAUUUGCAGCAGCAAAAAUAACAUGGAGGUAAAAGAAUGUGGAUGAGAUAUGUGGAGUUAAAUAAAUAUUUUUGCAAUAAAUGCAUACAGUUGCCAGCCUGUGCUGUGGUUAAGCCAGAAUGCCAAGGGUACAAAUAGUGAAAAGCUUGUGUUUAUAGCACUGCACUCUGAAAUAAGCCAUGUUACUGAUGCAUGACAAACUGCUCUCAAAGUGCUACUGCAGGUGACAGCAGCGAAGUUCACUCCCAGUGAUUGACUGACUGAUCCCAACACAAACAGACAUUUAGCCUGCUCGGUAUCUUUUGGUAGUCAUCGAGGCUCUGAGAUUGCGUCUUCACGGGAGCGGGCGUGUGAUCUGGAGCUUGUGUCUGCGAUCUCUGAGUGAAAAACUGGGGCUUCACUCCUGUAGUGUGAACUUGGCAUAAGUCUACAUUUGCCACCUUAGUUACAGUAAUAUAUCUAUAUAGAUUAUACCAAGACAUGCAGCACAAGCCUCUUAAAGCUCUUCAGACAAAUUUCAGUUUUACGUAAAUAAUUUCAAACUCCCUGACUGGCUUCGGACGCUGCAGUCAACUACACACAGGGGGCUAAUUUGUUAUUAUAGGGCAAUCUGAAGUCUAAGUCCCAGGUUGCAGUAAUUUUCCUUUAAGGUAAUGUGCAUUUGAAUCCCCUCCUGUGGGAAGGUUGUGCCUUCUUGUACAGUUAAGCAGGAAAAUUCACUGGAGCAAGAGCAGAAAAGACAAAGAGCGGCAAGAGUAGAGAGUAUUCCAUGCAGUAGUUGUUACCUUUGAAACACAUUUCUGAGAUAACAGUGGAGUAGGGUGGCUUACAUAGAAUCAUCAUCCCCAAAGCGAUACUAACCUGGGAAAAAUCUAGCAAGAAUUUAGCGAGUUCAAGUUUCAACACUACUCAUGCACACUGAUACAGAUCAUAAGGACAAAGAUGAAUGUUUCUACUUGGAAUAAUCUGUGGUUUGAAUAAAAAACAACAAUAAUGCA